UCAUGCUGCUGCCAGGUCCAGAGUCUCUCAUGGGUCCCUGUACGGCCUCCCAUUGCUGCUGUCUCCAUCGCCACACUCUGCCAUGUGCCACUUUCAGGUCUCCUCACACUGCUGGUGUGUUCCAUUUUUUGUCAUAGGGUGCUGGCAGAUUACGGGCCUCCCAUAGCUGCUGCCAGGCCCCUAAUCUGCCAUGGGCCCCUAUAUACCGCCUCCUCAUGCUGCUGCCAGGUCCAGAGUGUCUCAUGGGUCCCUGUACGGCCUCCCAUUGCUGCUGUCUCCAUCGCCACACUCUGCCAUGUGCCACUUUUCAGGUCUCCUCAUCACACUGCUGGUGUGUUCAAUUUUUUG